UGCCUGAACGCACCAUGACACUGGCCGUUAGCCUAGCCUGCUAAUUGAGCUAAUCUGAUUUAUCGCCCUUGUUGAGAGCACGUAACGUCAACGAGGAUUACUAAUUUGAGUUUCUCUUAGCUGCCAUCGACGUAAUAUCCGCGUGACAUAAAACUGCGUCUCAGCAGGAAAAUGGCGUCGCUUGGGGAACCUGUACGUCUGGAGAGAGACAUUAACCGUGCCAUUGAACUGCUUGACAAGCUUCAGAGGACGGGGGAGGUUCCUCCUCAGAAGCUGCAGGCCCUGCAAAGGGUCUUACAGAGUGAAUUUUGCAAUGCUGUCAGAGAAGUUUAUGAGCACGUGUACGAGACAGUGGACAUCAACAGCAGUCCUGAAGUCAGAGCAAAUGCUACAGCAAAGGCGACCGUGGCAGCGUUUGCAGCAAGUGAGGGGCACUCGCAUCCACGUGUGGUGGAACUUCCCAAAACAGAAGAAGGCUUGGGGUUCAACAUAAUGGGUGGGAAGGAGCAGAACUCUCCAAUUUACAUCUCGCGGAUCAUCCCAGGAGGCAUCGCCGACCGACACGGUGGCCUGAAGAGAGGUGAUCAACUUCUCUCUGUCAACGGGGUGAGCGUGGAAGGUGAACACCAUGAGAAAGCUGUGGAACUACUUAAAGCAGCUCAGGGCACAGUGAAGCUGGUAGUGAGGUACACCCCCAAAGUCCUCGAAGAGAUGGAGUCACGUUUUGAGAAAAUGAGGUCGGCGAAGCGUCGGCAGCAGAAUAACUAUCCCCAGUAGAGUUGUUUCAUGUCGACGCCAGUUCUUAUGGCUCUCCUCCUCCAGCCUUCAGGCCAUCUGUUCUGGUCUCUUUCUUAUAUUCCAACUCAGAAACAUUCUAGCCUACUCACACAUAGUUGUAAUUGAUCCACACAAAAGUAUACGUGUUGUACUUAGUUUCUGCACCAAUUAAAUAUUCAGAUUGCUCAUGGUUACUAUGCUGAACAUCACAGCCAAGGCAUCGGCACUCGUCAGCCAUCUCCGUAACCAGGGCAACAGAUUCAGGCUUGUAUUUUGUAUUGCAACGGUCGCGUAAUAGAAAACCUGCUUGGAUAGAAUCGCAUCCAUUGAAAACGUCCGACUUGGUGUCCUGAAUAAGUUCUGCGAGUGUGCAAAAGAGACGGAAACGCGUCGUGGCCUCAUGAUUGAACGUUUUGAUGUUUUGUGGAUGGCAAGUUCAUUUUGAAAAGUUUUUACUUCAGCUCACAUUUGUCAGCAUAACUCACUCACAUCUUGUGCAUUACUUUUGGAACUAGCGGUUGAAUGCUACUUUAUACAAAAUUCCUUUCACGAGGAAAGUUUGCAACUCUUAAGAUAUCAAGUGAAGAGGAGUUCACGCUGUGUUUUUUCCACGUUUGUUUCCACUGAUGGUUCGGCAUAGUUCUUGCGAUACGAUAAAGCUGUUUAAAAACAAAUGCAAAUGUGCAAAUUGAAAGAAGCAGACAUCUAUGAGUAAAGACUUAGAAAAGGUUUUAUAGCGUUGUUUCGCCGUCUUGAGCUUUGGUGUGCCAUUCUACAACAAACUCAAUGUUAAAGUUGCGUUGAAUGUCUCCUUAUUCAUCUGAACUACAUGGUUCCCAUUUUUUUCCAGCGAAAACACAAUGACCUUGACCACACGACAAACACGCUCAUGAUAACCCACUGCAUACAGCCACUGCAGUGUCUGCAGAAUAACAGUAUAUUUAUGUUCACUUAUUUUGUAGCUCACCCUACUCUAAUUGUAAACAGCUUUGCUUCACAACACCAAGUCCCACAAAGAAUUCGUUCUGAUUUUGACCUUGAGAAUUUUUGCCAUCCAAUGAAUAAUCCAUGUCUGCAAUACACUGUGUACAAAUACAACCACUGUCCUUUUAUAGAAUUCUCCGAUAAUACCUUCAUGACACGUAAUGUUGCUAACUUGUGAUUGUUUUCAAAAAGACGUCUCAGCACUACUUUGAUGACUGAGUGUAUAUACCCGUUCAACCAACAGUUGUUUUUCUUAUUUACAUACGGAAUACCAAACAAGCUAAUGAUUUCGAAGUACUGCCUUGCUUGUCAAGUGAAGGAAAAUGAUUGUAAAUAUUUGAAUGAUGUUACAUGUUAUUCAGAUUUCCCCAUGUCAAGCAAAUAACCAUGACGCUUAUUUAGAAAGCUGUCCAAAUAAGUUUGAAAGUCUGGCUCACGAGCGAACACAAAAUUGAAAUGUACACAUCAAUCUAUGCAAAGUAUUUUUUUUUUUAAAUGGGAGACACUUGUCCUCAAUUGCUGCAAAAGAGUUUGUUUUCAUGUAGAAUGUCCAUCGAGAAUGUGUCUAAGGCUGUGCAAAGUUGAAUAUGAAGCAUUCAUUCAACCGGCACAGUGAAAUAUAUUUGAGUAACAAAACAUUUAGAGAAUUUCGGGGGCUACGCCGCUACCUUUUCUUUUUCCUGUAGUCUCCUUGUUUGUUUUCCUUGGCGCACCAUUUGUGUACAUACUGUAGUUUGUGCAAUAUU